UGUUGCAAGAGGAGACAAGGGGCGAUUCCCGCGCAUGCGCACUUACCCACAUUGAUUUUUCUCACUUUGACAGUUCGACCUAUGUUUUGAGCCACGGCUCGCGUACCAACAACAAAGUAAACAAAAAAUGGCUUUAGAUUUUUCUGCAACGUAUAAGCUUUUGGUGCUUGGUGAUUCUAAUGUAGGAAAAACGUGUAUCGUGCAUAGAUAUUGCGAUGAAAGGUACUACGAUAUUUACAUAUCCACAAUAGGUAUUGAUUUCAAACAAAAGAUAAUAAACUUAGACGGAGUUCCCAUCAAGCUGCAGAUAUGGGACACAGCAGGCCAAGAGAGGUUUCGGACGUUGACUACGGCGUACUACCGCGGUGCUAUGGGCAUCAUACUCAUGUACGACAUUACCAAUUUGGAGUCUUUCAACCAUUUGUCGUAUUGGCUCAGGAAUAUUCAAGAGUAUGCAUCACCUGACGUGAUUAAGGUGCUAGUGGGCAACAAAUGCGAUGUUCACGAAAAUCACCGAGCUGUACCUAAAGAGCGGGGCCAGAAGAUAGCUGACGAUUUCGACAUGCCUUUUUUCGAAGUAUCCUGUAAAAAUAACAUUAACAUAGAAGAAGCUUUCUUGACAUUAGCGCGGAAGAUACGAGAAUACAGGGAGACCAAGGCCGACGCAUUUGAGCUGAAGGAGAGGGACAACGUGAUCAAACCAUCUGAAUCAGAGACGGACGUAUCCAAGUGCAGCUGUUAGCCUAUUUAUCAUUUAGCACUGGCAUAGCAAGUCUAGUCUUUAAUCAGUGAGCUUAGAUUGAGGAAUAUAGAUUACUUCCAAUAAAUAUUGCAAAAAAGUAUACCAAAAAGCGUGUAGCCAGAGCAGAAAAUUUAAUGGCCUGUUCCGUGAAUACACUUAAAAUUUGACCGUUAUUGGUCCCUAUUACAUACACUUAAGUGCGAUUUUAUAUCUAUUGGGGGUAAUCUAAUUGAGUAUACAUCUUAGGCACGCUAUCAUAGGUGCUACAUUAAAUACUCGUAGCUUGUAUCAUACCAUAUUCAGGGAACAAAAAAAUGAGACGGAUACAGACUAUCUAUCAAUUUUUCAAAUAAUUCUAAAUUUUCAAUUGAUAGAUUUGAAAAAAGGUUUAUUUGUAUAGGAGGUACCUUUGUUUACAAUUUUACUUCCCUGAAUUCGGUAUACAAACUUGGAUGUAACUCAAUCAGUGUCUUAUACAUCGACCAGCGAAACAGUUUGAUAUUGUUGUGUUUUAGGUUUUGUUCGUUGGUUAUAAUGUAUUGUGGUGCAAAGUGAGCGACUAAGCUAUCGAUGCUUGUGUAGGAUGGCUGAAUGAUCCUGCUCGUUAUAGUUGUUUGGUGAGAAACUUGCCAUAAAAGGGUUAUAUAUCAUAAUUUGUUGAGGCUAUUUAAGUCAGUACGAAGUGUUGGACGCCCGCUUUGUUUAAUGUUGGUAUUGGCCAAGAGGGACACGUAAAAGGGGGGGGGGGGGGGGUAUCAAAGAAACGGCUGUAGCUACGCCCAUGUACCUGUUGCUAACGCUAGGUUGGAAAAAUAUACUGUUCUCCGCGGUUAAGAUACGAAGUUAAGUUUUAUUUUUCAAGGGACGCUAAUGCUUCCUCCAUUUCUUUGGUAAUUUUUUUAUCAUUAGAAAUUAUUUAUUUAGGUAACAACACCCCAAUUACGUUUUAUUUUUCAAGAAACGGAUUGGUUCCUUAUUUCUUUGGUAUAGUUUUUAUCGUCAGUUGUUAUUCAUGUAGGUAUCAAGACUAGAUUGCCCAUUUUUUGCUACUUACAUAAAUAUAUAAUAACAUGCUCGACAUACUUACCUAUAAUAUCCCAACUUUAAUAAUUUUCAACUAAUAGAAGGGUCUAAUGUGAAAAAAUAUCAAGUCGGCUACCAUCGAAGCUAAACAUCGACGUGAAAUGCAAUUCAAUUGGAAUGCCGCAAACAAUUUUUACUUCUUAGAGGAUAAACAUUUUAUAUAAAUAGUGAUAACAUAAAAAUCACAAUGUAGGCCUAAUUAGUUUAGUCGCUUGCUUGACACAGUUACCUAUUUACAGCAGUUAUAACCGAACUUGAAUGUCUAACUACAAUUCAUUGUAAAUUGAAUUAUAAACUAUGAACAACACAAACGUGAUUCAAUUAACAACUUUAUUGUCUAUUGAAUUGUAAUAUCUUAUUCAAUAAAUAUCAGAACCACUACUUUCGGAUCGACGGCGAAAAUGGACCAAUGAGAAUAAUUUUAACACGACUUUUUGAUUGGUUUAUCUUGGCAUUGAUCCUUCGUCAGCGGUUGAGUUUAUUACAAUCGACUAAGUGACAUAUUAACUGAUGUAAAACGGUAGAAUAUUAGCUUUAUGCAUUCUGUGUGCUAUGCGUGUAACAACUGUCGCAAAUUUCGAACGCACCGCGUUUUGUAUCAACGGUUAUUGUAACAAUAAAAGGAACACUCUAGAAAUGUAUCUCAAUUAUAGGUUAACCUCAGACCAUAGAGUAUCAAUCUGGCUAUAUAUGGCUGGCUGAAAUAGCAUACAACAUUAAUCAAAUAAAACUACAACAUUAGUUGAAUAUUUAUUGGUAGGGCAAACGUAAAAGCUCAAGUUUUUAUACUUAAUAAAAUAAACUUUGUAUUGAAUAUAUUAAUAGAUGCAUAUUGAAUCCAUCUAUGGAUUUCUUUUACUUUGGAUAACUCUUGAAAUAGUGGCGUAGAAAAGAUGUGUUGGAGAUAUGACAUAAUAUUUAGUAAUCUAAUCACCCAUAAUUUUCAUUGUGUAAAACAAAUUAGAUACUUAAAUAAAUCGACUCGGGUGCAAAUUCAAUAUACGUUAACUAUGGCUGCACUUCGCUUUGCCUACGCCGACGUUAUAAAACAUUUCUGAAAUACAAAUAUACAAAAACAUUCGAAUUAAAAGAAAUACAUUUGUUAUAAACACUUUGUGUUCGCAUCAAAGACAAAAUCAAAUUAUACAUAAAUAGAAAAAAAAAAGGAUUUUGUUAUACAUGCCUUUGCUACGUUCAAUUUGCUCAGCAUUUAAAAUCA